AUGGCGAGUGCGUGCGCCGACUGGAAGCACCCCACAACAAGGCCGCAGCCACCGACACCCGCUGUAGUUGCCCCGGGGUACGUUGACCUCGACAGACCCAACGACGAGCCAUCUGUAGUCCCCAACUACGAUGAUGGCGCAUCAUCAUCAUCUGACUCCGUCGAUAGCGAUGUCGGCAUCAAGUGCAACGACUGCAAGCGCACCUUCCGCUCCCUGGGCCACUACAACAACCACAUGCUAGGUUGCACUCCUGUAUCGACGACCACACAAGUCCGCGAGGUGCUCCCGGUUACCGGGUUGGGUAGCUCUCCAGUCACCAUAAACCAGAUGAGGGCUGCAAACGCACCUGUACUGGCACCCCGAGCCCCGAUUUCGUCUAAUGUAUCCUCCACGCAUACCAGCAAUCCGGCCGCUUUUGCAUGCGAUACCCGUGGUUGUGAUCGUUCCUUCAGGUCCGAAGCCGGCCUCAAACAGCACAAGCAGGACGCUCACGGUGUCGGAGCAAUCGCGAGCGAGAACGAAUGCGGCAAGAAGGUUUGCUUCAACAAACUCCUUCCUCUCGAGGUCGUGGCGGCCAAGCAGGUCGUCCAGCCCCUCGUGGAGCACCUCCCCCAACAGCAAUCUGCCUUCGCUCGUCCAAUGCCGCAGCAACCUCGCUUGCCAGUCCAACAACCUCCUCCUGCCCCCAACAGCAUCAACAUGGGCGGCAUUGCGGAGCUUGACCAGGCCAAAUCUAUUCAGGCGAAGACACAACGCUUGCUCAUCCAAUCAGAUGUCUUCAUUCUACACGAUGGAAAGGUCAACGCCUGCGAUAUUAUGUGGACUCGGAUCGGUGCCGCCAAACAGUACGACGUGGUUACGAUGCUCGACGGCCUGUGCCAUCUCCCAAAAAUGCUACAAGGCGAAUACAUACCUCCUCCAAAGGCAUUGAAAGAAGAUUACAAGGCCACGUAUCUGUCAAGCGACUUCAAAGCCUCCCCCGAACGCAACAUGGCCAAACCAGGCCUUGGCGCAGUCGCCAUCUCAUGCAGCAAAAUCCUGCUAGCAAACGGCUGCCCCGAGGUUGUCAAGAUAGCAGCUGUUGAUCUGAUCACCUGCCGAAUCCUUAUGAACCACCUUGUCUGUACUGAUCCGCACGCAAAAGUCAAAGAUUGGUACUCCCCGGUCACCGGAUUGUUUAGUUGGGACGACAUGGAGGGAGCUCGAAAAGCCGGGUACAAGAUCUUCAAGGGCUGGGCGGCAGCACGGGACGCGCUACACAGGUUCGUCGACAAGGAGACCAUCAUCGUUGGCUGCAACCUGCGUUCGGAUCUAGACGCUCUCCGUAUGAUCCAUGGACGCGCCGUCGAUAUCGCCAAGGUCGUUGAGAAGGCUGCUCAGGGUCCGCUCAGCAAGGCGCAGCUAGCACUGGAUGGCUUGUGUCGCGAUUUUCCUGAGAUCAAGCUCAAGAGCGACCCCGAGUAUGGCCGGGACAGUCUGAUGAACGCUUUUGCGGUACGUGAGUUCGGCUUGUGGGCGCUUAAGAACGCCGAUAAGCUCGGCAUGUUGGCGAAAAAGAGGAGUCGAGAGUAUCAGAACGCUAUGCCAAAAGUUGCUGUUGCAGGAGCUUGA